CUAGCAUAGCGUAGCUAGGUGCUCUUCAACUGUUAGUGUUUCUAAAGUCGAGGCUUUUACGGACAGAUAAAGAAAAUGAAGAAGUUUUUUGAAGACAUUAAAAAAGACAUCAAAUUUAAAUCGGCGGGACCCGGGAAGAAGCUAACAGAAGAUACCAGCUCCAAGCCCGAGGUGGUGCAGAGCAGCUCCAGCAGCAAGCAGAAUCGUUAUGCUCCCAGUGAAGGAGCCCAAAUGGCAGGGGCCGCAGCCUUGGCCAGGAUUGAACAGCAGCAGAGGCCGAAGGUGCACACCUCCCAUGAUGCGAUCAGGAACCAGGUUAAACGAGAACUGGAGGCGGAGGCGACUGCACUGGCUGAAAAAGAAAAAGCAGCUGCAUCAGAGGGAUCCAAAGUGCCAGUGAAAGAUCCUGCCUGCCUAUCUGUGUCAGGUGUUUAUUUCACCUGUCCGCUCACUGGAGCAAUGUUAACCAAAAGUGAGAGGGAAGCACACAUCAAAGAGGCCAUUUUAAUGCGGUUUGAAGAGGAUGCAGUUGAGGCUUCUGUAAUGAUGAUUUACACAUUUAACAAAGACAGAGAGAAAGUGAAGGCUGCUGUGGACAUCAUAAAUAAGUAUGUUGAAAAUAUAUGCAAGAACCCCACAGAGGAGAAAUAUAGGAAGAUUAAACUCAGCAACAAAGUGUUCCAGGAGAAAGUACGUCCUGUGGAGGGCAGUCGAGAGUUUCUCCAGGCUUUGGGAUUCAUAAGUGUUAUGUUUCCUGUAGAUGACCAAGAGGAGGAAGAAGAGUUCCUGGUGUUACCAGAGCAAAGUUCCGAUGCCCUGGAGCUGAUGAAGGAGCAGAGAGAUCGUCUUCAGAGAGGAGAACCAGUCAGAGCUCAGCUGGACAGGCAGCCUCAAGCUUUCAGACCCUCGACUAAUGCCCAGCGCUUUGAGCUGCCGCCAGAGUUCUACAACCUGACUGCAGAGGAGCUCAAGAGGGAGCAGCAGCAGAAGUCUGAAUUGGUGGAGAAAAACGCCAUGUUGCGCACCAAAGCCAUGAGGGAAAAGGAUGAGCAGAGGGAGAGAAGGAAAUACAACUAUACCCUGCUCAGGAUCAGACUGCCUGAUGGGAACCUGCUACAAGGGACAUUUUACGCCUGGGACCGGCUGCCUGUGCUCUUUGCGUUUGUACGGGAGUCCCUGGUGGACAGCUGGCAACCCUUUGAACUAAUCGCUCCCGGAGGCCAAAAAUUACAAGAGUCUGAAGAAGUUGCUCUGGCUGAAUGUAACUUGGUCCCUGCUGCCCUGCUGACGUUUGCCUGGGAUGCAGCUGUGCAGGCCGAUAUUGCAGCUGCAGGUGGAAAAAGCCCCACCCUCCUCAAACCAUCCUUACUGGAAACCAUUCGGACGCUGAGCUGAAUAAGAAGACACACACUGCCCCCGGACUCUCCCCACUGCCUCCCUCUUUCCCUCCCACGGCCAGGGUGAAAUUGUCCCUUGACUAAUUCUGAAGUUAGAAGUAGUGAAAGACUGGGGCCAACUUCACCCUAAUGCAUUUAUUUUGCUGAGCAUGUCCUCCCCUCUCCACAUAGGGGAUCCUGUCGCCCUGCAGCCUGCCUCAGCAGCACAUUGAAGGAAGCACUAUUAACAGAUGACGACAAAGCUGGGGACGUGUGUUUGUUUAUUGUUGCACUUGUGUAGAAAAACAUGCUGUGACAGCAGUCUUUUGUGCUUAAUCUAACAGUCAGCGAGUUGGGAGCAUCCUUAAAAUCAGCGUGUGGGGACCUCAAUUAUUCUGUCCUCCUUUCCACCCACGUUGGAUUUUAAAAACUGCUGCGUGUCAGAGGUGAUGUUUCGUUUCUCGGUGUUAAAAGUGAACUGAAGUUUAACUGAUGGUCGUGUCCUCUGAUUUGGUGUGAUGAGCCUGGCACGGUUACUGUAAACAUACGUAAGCUUCUGUUGCACGUUUGUCCUGAGCUCUGUAGAGGCCUCGCUCCUUACUGUCCUACAACAGACUUAGCCACCUCUGUGGCUACGUCAGUGAGUAAAAGUCCCACUGAUAAAUCAGUUUCUUAAAUACUACAAAAGCUCUGCAGUAGACGUGUAGCUUUCAUUAUGUGAAUUUUGAAAUUAUAGAAAGUUUUAUGAAAUUGUUAGCCAUGUGCUGACAACGUGAUGGCAAUUUUAACUAAAUAUUUUCUUGUCUUCGACCUACUUAAAGCACUUUGAAGGAUCAUUUAAAACCUUAUGUAAAACGAGAGCCCUCAAUGUAAACCUCAUUAACUGCUUUGUCAACAUUAAAGUGAGAUUAUUCAUUCAUUAGUUGAAGCUUAUAAAGAAGCAUAAAGCAAGCAACUCUUUUUGGCAUGCACAUCGUUAAUCACAUUGCUGUUCUUAAGCUAGCAGCAUGGACUUCUUGUGUUGGACAUUGUAGUUUUUAUUCUUGUCUUUUGUUAGUGUCAAAUAAUUAUUUGGUAUAAAAAAAGGUGAAUAUUUUUAACAUAGGAGAUAAUACUUUACACCCUCCCCUCCCAAAAAAUACAAAAAAAAAAUUUAACAGGUCUUUGUCAAUUAAUGGCUUUCAGUGACACAGCCUGGGUCUCAUGAGUUUACAGCUUCACAGCAGUUAAGUUUCUGGUUCAAGUCAGGGAAUUAACAAAUUAACAUUCCGUUUUCUCAUAUUUAUCCAACUUAUUUUUCAAAUAACAAAAACACUUUGUUUUAGUGUGUUAAAGAUGAGUUCACAAAUGGAUUAAAGUUCAAGUCUCAAGAUUCCUCCAAUCUUAUGAGUUUUUAAUCAUCCACUCCUUCACUUUCUCAUUAAAGUUUAACACAUGUAUGCUGUCCAUAAAUCUAUACCAGUUUAAGCUUAUGAAAGUUAAUUAUUUCCCCUACUAGUGUUUAAAAUAACAACAACCUACCUCUGUCCCAUCUACACAAAUACACUCCCAGAAAGCUGCAUAGGCAUGUAGAAGAAUCAGAUCCUGAAAAGGUAUUAAACAUGAUGCAGAUCAACAGAUUUUAAUAGCUAUUUAAAAAGGGCUUAGUAUCAAGAACAUAAGGCAGAAUACCAAGCAUUUCUGAGGCCAAAUCAGCCACAAGAGGUUACUGCACACCUCUGAGGUAUUAGCUUUUCCAUCUGCUGUCCAUGGGUGCAUCCUAACAGGGUGUGAAUCUUAAGUCGUCAUAGUGACCUUGUUAAAGUUUUGAUCAGCUGUGAUCUGAAUGUGUUGUUGCUUUUGAACCUGCCUGUAAUAAAGACGGCUCGCACUGCGAAUCUUUAAAAUGUGAAUCUCUGCCUGCAAAACUCUUAAAUUAUGUUUGCAUUAAAAAAAAAUUUGAGUCAGAAAA